AUGUCCGUAAAACGGGUCCUGGUCAUCGCCGGUUCCGACAGCUCGGGAGGCGCUGGCCUUGAAGCCGAUCAAAGAGUUCUUGCUGCCCAUGGGUGCUAUGCUCUCACAGCAACAACGGGUCUUACGGCGCAGAACACGCUGGGUGUAAAGGACAUUUUUCCCAUCCCGGCGCAGUUUGUAAAGAAGCAGAUUGAUGCUUCUCUGGAAGAUGUGGGCGCAGACGUGGUAAAACUAGGGAUGCUCACCUCCGCCGAGACAAUUGAUAUCAUCGCGGAUGCAUUGGUUACAUACCAAAUUCCCUCGGUGGUUCUGGACCCGGUGAUGGUAUCCACGAGCGGGUCACAAUUACUGCCGGAAGUAGCCGUGAAACAGCUCCGAACAAAAUUAUUACCCCUAACAACUAUUCUCACGCCCAACAUUCCCGAGGCAAAACUCCUACUGAAAGAUGCUGGGAUUGAGGCUCAAGAGCCCCAGGACUUACAAGACAUGAUUGCCCUCGCGAAGCAGAUCUGUUCCUUGGGACCCAAGGGAAUCCUACUCAAGGGAGGCCAUUUGCCGCUCACCAAGGAUCACAAGACCCCCAAAAAUCAAGAAGAGGCAUCUACCGUGGUGGAUGUUCUUUACGAUGGUGAGAACGUGACCCUUUUCGAGACUGAUUUCUUGGUAUCCAAGAAUACCCAUGGUACGGGCUGUUCGCUUGCCUCUGCCAUUGCGGCAAAUCUCGCGCUCGGAAAAGACAUGAGGAGAGCCGUUCACGGUGGUGUUCGCUUUGUCGAGGCAGGAAUCAAGACAAGCUUCAACAUGGGCAAGGGCAGUGGGCCAAUCAAUCACUUCCACUCUGUUUAUACCCUACCCUUUGCGCCAGGCCGAUUCCUCGAAUAUAUCCUAGAUCGCCCUGAUGUUCAGUCGGUAUGGAAGCAUUUCACAGAACAUCAAUUUGUACAGGGUCUAGGAAACGGUACGCUUCCUUUGGAAAGAUUCAAAGAGUAUCUUGUUCAGGAUUAUCUUUACUUGGUCCAUUUUGCUCGAAGCAAUGCACUGGCCUCUUACAAGGCAAAAAGCAUGGAAUCAAUUUCCGCGUCGGCGCAAAUCGUGUUACACAUUGAGCAAGAGAUGGCACUACAUCUUGAUUACUGUGCUUCUUUUGGUCUGUCCAAGCAAGAAAUGGAAAGAUAUCCCGAGAGCAACGCAUGCACGGCAUACAGUCGGUAUAUACUUGACGUGGGUCAAUCAGAGGAUUGGCUCGCACUCCAGAUGGCUCUUGCGCCUUGUUUGAUCGGAUAUGGCGCCAUUGCCAAAAGACUCCAUGCUGCAGAGGAUACCAUCCGCGAAGGAAACCGAUACUACAAAUGGAUUGAGAACUACGUUGCGGACGACUACUCGGAAGCAGUAGAACUGGGAUCUGCGCUUCUAGAAAAGCAUGUACGAGAGGUCUCGCCCAGUCGAAUGGAGGAGCUGGUGAAGAUCUUUGUCCGGGCCACCGAGUUGGAGAUAAGCUUCUGGGACAUGGGCCUGGGUGGCAAACACUCUAGAGGCGGCGGUGGCGGUGGCUACGGCGGUGGUGGUUACGGAGGUGGCUCCAACGGCUACUCCAACGGCGGUGGUUACGGAGGAGGUGGCUAUGGCGGCGGUGGUGGUGGUUAUGGAGGUGGUGCCGGUGGUGACCGCAUGUCCAACCUCGGUGCUGGUCUGAAGAAGCAAGACUGGGACUUGGACUCUCUCCCUAAGUUCGAAAAGUCCUUCUACAAGGAGCACCCUGAUGUCACCAACCGCUCCCAGCAAGAAGUUGAUGACUUCCGCAAGAAGCACGAGAUGGCUGUCCAAGGAAGAAACGUCCCUCGUCCUGUUGAGACCUUCGAUGAGGCUGGUUUCCCCCAGUAUGUCUUGAGUGAAGUCAAGGCCCAAGGUUUCUCUGGACCUACUUCUAUCCAGUCCCAGGGUUGGCCCAUGUCUCUUUCCGGUCGUGAUGUUGUCGGUAUCGCCGAGACUGGUUCCGGAAAGACCCUAACUUACUGUCUUCCCGCCAUCGUUCACAUCAACGCUCAGCCCCUUCUGGCCCCUGGCGACGGUCCCAUUGUUCUUGUCCUUGCGCCCACCCGCGAGCUUGCCGUCCAGAUUCAGACCGAAAUUACCAAAUUUGGAAAGUCUUCUCGCAUUCGCAACACCUGUGUCUACGGUGGUGUCCCCAAGGGUCCUCAAAUUCGUGACCUCAGCCGUGGUGUCGAGGUCUGCAUUGCCACUCCCGGUCGUUUGAUUGACAUGCUCGAGGCUGGCCGGACCAACCUUCGCCGUGUUACCUACCUUGUUCUUGACGAGGCCGAUCGCAUGCUGGACAUGGGUUUCGAGCCCCAGAUUCGCAAGAUCAUCGGUCAGAUUCGCCCUGACAGACAAACUUGCAUGUGGUCUGCCACCUGGCCCAAGGAGGUCCGCCAGCUUGCCUCGGACUUCUUGAACGACUACAUUCAGGUCAACAUCGGUUCUAUGGACUUGUCCGCUAACCACAGAAUUACCCAAAUUGUUGAGGUCGUCUCGGACUUCGAGAAGCGCGACAAGAUGAUCAAGCACAUGGAGAAGAUCAUGGAGAGCCAGGGCAACAAGAUCCUUAUCUUCACUGGUACCAAGCGUAUUGCCGACGAAAUUACCCGCUUCCUCCGUCAAGACGGAUGGCCAGCACUCUCUAUCCACGGUGACAAGCAGCAGAAUGAAAGAGAUUGGGUCUUGAACGAAUUCAAGACGGGCAAGAGCCCAAUCAUGGUGGCCACCGAUGUGGCUUCCCGUGGUAUCGAUGUUCGCGACAUUACUCAUGUGCUGAACUAUGACUACCCCAACAACUCGGAAGACUAUGUUCACCGUAUCGGUCGAACUGGUCGUGCUGGUGCCAAGGGAACUGCCAUCACCUUUUUCACCACUGACAACAACAAGCAGGCUCGUGACUUGGUCACCAUUCUCACUGAGGCUAAGCAGCAGAUCGAUCCCCGUCUCGCCGAGAUGGUUCGCUACAGCGGUGGCGGUGGUCACCAUGGUGGUUACGGUCGCUGGGGUGGACGUGGCCGUGGUGGUGGCCGUGGCCGCGGUGGUGGCUACACUGGUUCCAACGGUGCUCCCCUUGGCAACAACCGCCGCUGGUAA